CUCCAUCUUUCUGCCAUCUCUUCCGCUGUUCAUGCCCACCUGUUGCUGCUCGCUGCCACCCCGUAUUUUGGAUUCAUUCCUGCAUCGAUGCACAUGAUGGCCUCGAAGGCGGCUAGUCCCAAUCGGGUUGGCUCCUUGGCGUCGCACCCGCCUGCACGCAACCCCGCCCCAACACUGACUCCAACCGCAAAACAAACCUUCGACACUGCUUUCACAAAGCUCCAAAGCACAGUCCGAAGCACAUCCAUUCAAGACUAUCACCAGUUUUGCUCUACCACGUUGCAGGAUGUGCGAGAUGCCGCCAGAGGGAUUGAGCGCCAAAUGGCCGCAAGGCAAUGCCUCCGGAAUCUGCGACGUCUGGACGUCUUCCUCGGCGCUUUGGAGCACUACUCCAAGGCUGUCGAAGUUCUUUGCAAUGGAACUCUCUACCUGCCCUGGAUAUGGGCUCCAAUCAAGCUCACAAUAAUGAUUGCCUCGGACUUUCUAACUGCGUUCGAGACGCUCAUGGCUGCCUACGCGCGCAUAGCUGAGAAUCUGCCUCGGUUUGAUCGCCUGAGCAAUACCCUAAAACACAGGGCGGAAUUCCAGAAUGUAUUGGCGGUAUACUAUUCCGACCUUCUCGAGUUCCACCACCAAGCAUACGUCUACGUGAAACGGCCCGCUUGGAAGCUUUUGUUCAGCUCGUGUUGGGGUCGGUUCAACUCUCGUUUCAAGUGCAUCCUCGACAGCCUAUCGCGACAUUCGCAGUUGAUCGACACUGAAGCUACUUCUUGGGAAAUACUAGAGUCCCAGGAGUGGCGGCAAAAGGCCAAAGAAGAGGCAUCGAGGCAAGAUGAUGAUAGAGCUGAGAACCAUCUCCAGUCGUCUCUUUCCUGGUUAGAAUCUGGCAUGGACAAUCAUGACCGACGGGAUACGCAGGAAGACUUUCUUUCAGAACUUCUGGCCUGCCGUCAAUCUGGGAGCCACGAAUGGAUCGUGAAGAAUCCAAAAUUUCGUCAUUGGCUCAACACGAAACAAGGUCAUGCAUUCCUGUGGCUAACUGGAAAACCGGGGUCGGGCAAGAGCGUUCUCAGCGCUAGCGUGAUCAGAUUCUUGCGCUUAAACCGGCAAUCUACCGUGCUCUUCUACUACUGCAGCUACCUUUCGUCUGAAUUGAAUCAAUCAACUCGGAUUCUAAAGUCUCUGGCUACCCAGCUGUUACGCCUAAAGACCGAUCUAUCCUCUUUUGUCUACAGCGAAUUUGUAACAAAGGGGCUCACUCCUUCUUUACAGACGUUGAAGGAAAUCGUGCCUCCCAUGCUAGCUUCCAUGGACCGUCCUUGCAUCAUCAUUGACGGAAUUGACGAGUGCAAGGAAGGAAAGCACAAAGAUGUAGUGCGCGAUAUCCUCGGCCUUGCUCCUGCAGAAGGUACCGGUGUCCAAAUAUUGAUAUCGAGCAGAGACACCCGCUUCAUUGCCGACGCGCUUUCCAAGAAGCCAACGCUUUCCUUGAACGACGAGGCUGCUGCCAUCGGUGCUGCGAUUGAUUCCUACGUCUCCACCAGAAUCGAGGAUAUGCAGGGUAAAUUUCAGGAGCUAGCAGUGGACGAUGCCUUGAUCACCGCGAUCACGCAUCAAAUUGUACAUAAAGCAGAAGGUAUGUUCCUAUGGGUACGAUUGGUUCUUGACGUGCUCGAAGACGAAGUCUUCAGUGUGGAAGACCUAAGGGCUGCAGUGGAGAUAUUGCCUCGUGGUCUCAAAGGCUUCUAUGAACGUAUCAUGAGCAGGGUGCAAGCACGCAGUCCAAGAAAUGCCGAGAAGGCCUUACGAAUAUUGCAGUGGAUCGUUUUUGCAAAGCGCCCACUCAGAUUCUUCGAGAUUUUGAAUGCUCUGGCAUUCACACGGGAAAGUGGGACGAUGACCCAAGAGAACUUACUGUCCACAGUAAUUCUACAACUCUGCAAGCCUCUCAUCGAGCAGAAACAUGACGGGGUAGUCAAAUUAGCUCAUUUUUCUGUCAGGGAAUACCUGAUAUCCGACUCUAGCAGUCACGGUUUAGGAUACGCCCUAUCGGAACACAUGCUAUCUUUCUCAUGCAUUUCAUACCUCAACUUUAGCGCUAAGUUAAUCGUUGGCCGUAUGGCAAUGCCGGUUGAAGAGGAGGAUAUUCAGCACCAGAACACGAUCAACAUUGCUAAAGGUAUGCAUGGCCUACACUUAUAUGCGAACGAAUAUUGGAUCGAACAUCUCUUUUCCUACCUUGAUGCCAACGGAGGCAUACACACCGAUGUAGAGGCGGAUUGCGUCCUGCUAGUUUGCUUGGAUAAUCUCACCCGCAUAUUUCGGGUCAAUGACACAUUCUACUACCGUGCGCCGGCCGACCACAGCACGACAGCGCUUCCAGACCGGCGCCUGGAGCUUUUAACCCAGUAUCCGGAUGUAAUGGAGAUCAUUCGGGGCCAGCUUGAACACAGGGCGGAGCAGGAAAAGGAAGGUUCUAUAAUCCAUGAUUACACUUUAUUUGGCGAAAUACGGAAGACAUAUUAUAGCAAAGUCGCAACACUUCUUUCAAGUCAAGAAUUCCCGGGCCUGUCAGCAGACGAGUUACAAAGAUUCCAGGCUGCCUAUGGUCCGACUGCGUUAGUAUGCCGAUUCUCCAACUGUAUUCACGCGACUAUCGGAUUUCCUACUGAGAGCCUUCGUUCCGAACACGAAAAGACCCAUUUGCCAAAACUAUUUUGCAGCGAGCCAGGUUGCACCUAUGGUCUCAGCUUCCCAUCCACGCGAGCACUCAAAAAGCAUGAGAAGGAAUGUCACACGGAGAGCUGGAUGGACAUUCCAAUCAGUAUUAGCAAACCGCGAGUGGCAAAACUGACCGCUGAACUGCGACUGCCAAAUGGCAAAUACUUAUGUCCUCAUUGCAAAGAAUAUCCAAGCGGAUUUAAAGCUGGAUCUGAGCUCAGGCGACACGUUGAAAGGGCGCAUCAUCCAGUCCGGAAAGGCUACAUCUGCAUAGAUGCGUCUCCUGACAAGAAACUCCUCGCCAACUGCAAACAUUGUAGGUAUCAGAAGGUUUAUGGUGCGUACUACAAUGCUGCAUAG